GACCCCCAAGGCCCACCUGGAGCCCAAGGUCAACCAAGGCCUCAAGGCCCACCUGGAGCCAGAGGUCACCCAAGGCCUCAUGGCUCGCGUAGACUUGAAGGUCCCCCGAGACCCCGCGGCCACCGGGACCCCCAAGGCCCACCUGGAGCCCAAGGUCAACCAAGGCCUCAAGGCCCACCUGGAACUCAAGGUCAACCAUGGCCUCAAGGCCCACCUGGAACCCAAGGUCAACCAAGGCCUCAAGGCCCACCUGGAACCCAAGGUCACCCAAGGCCCGAUGGCUCAUCUGGACUUGAAGGUCCUCCGAGACCCCACGGCCAAUGGGACCCCCGAGGCCCACCUGGAACCCAAGGUCAACCAAGGCCUCAAGGCCCUCCUGGAGCCCGAGGUCAACCAAGGCCUCGUGACCCACCCAGAGCCCGAGGUCACCCAAGGCCUGAUGGCUUGCGUAGACUUGAAGGUCCACAGAGACCCCAAGGCCACCGGGACCCCCGAGGCCCACCUGGAGCCCAAAGUCACCCAAGGCCUCAAGGCCCACCUGGAACCCGAGGUCAACCAAGGCCUCAAGGCCCACCUGGAGCCCAAGGUCACCCAAGGCCUCAAGGCCCACCUGGAGCCCAAAGUCAACCAUGGCCUCAAGGCCCACCCGGAGCCAGAGGUCACCCAAGGCCUCAUGGCUCGCGUAGACUUGAAGGUCCCCCGAGACCCCGCGGCCAAUGGGACCCCCAAGGCCCACCUGGAGCCCAAGGCCCACCUGGAGCCCAAGGUCAACCAAGGCCUCAUGACCCACCUGGAGCCCAAGGUCAACCAAGGCCUCAUGACCCACCUGGAGCCCAAGGUCAACCAAGGCCUCAAGGCCCACCUGGAGCCCAAGGUCAACCAAGGCCUCAUGACCCACCUGGAGCCUGAGGUCACCCAAGGCCUCAAGGCCCACCUGGAGCCUGAGGUCACCCAAGGCCUCAAGGCCCACCUGGAGCCUGAGGUCAACCAGUGCCCCAUGGCUCAUCUGGACUUGAAGGUCCCCCAGGACCCCCGGUCUCUCCUGGCCCCGCGGUUCCUCGGAGCCGGCCGCCGCCGCCUGGAGCCGGGGACGCCGCGAGGCCCUCUGUGUCACCCCGUCCCGUUGGGCGCCCCCCUGGCUUUGGUGCUGCUGAGCGUGGGGUCCCUCCUGGUGGCGUCGGCGUCGGGGGCGGCGCUGGAGUUCGGGGGGGCUCCGGGGCAGUGGGCGCGGUACGGGCGAUGGACGCCGGGCCUCGGCGCCCAACUCAGCUUCAGCCUCAAAACCAACGUCUCGCGGGCGUUGGUGCUCUACUUGGACGACGGUGGGAACUGCGACUUCUUGGAGCUGUCGGUGGCCGAAGGGCGACUGCGGCUCCGCUUCGCCAUCGCCUGCGCCGAACCGGCCACGGUGACGGCGCCGCCGGUGGUGAGCGACGGGCGGUGGCACAUGGUGCUCGUCAGCCGCGACGGCCGCCAGGCGGCGCUGGCGGUGGACGGGGAGACGCGGGCGGGCAGCGUCCGCUCCAAGCGCGCCGAGAUGGCGGUGCUGAGCGACCUCUUCGUAGGGGGGAUCCCCCCCGACGUCCGCCUCUCGGCGCUGACGCUCAGCACCGUCAAGUACGAAGCGCCCUUCCAAGGUUGGAUGGCCAACCUCAAGGUGGGCGACGCGCCGGCGGCGCUCUUGGGCGCUCAGGGGGUGCGCGGCGACGGCGACGAGCGCUGCGCGCGACACCCGCCCUGCGCCCACGGCGGACGCUGCACCCUGCGCCGAGGAGAGCCGCGAUGCGACUGCGACGGCACCGGCUACCGCGGGCCCUUCUGCUCCGAAGAGGAGGAACCCGCGCUGGAAGGCCCCGCCCACCUGCGCGAGCCCGGAUCAGGGCCUGCGGAGGUCGCCGAGGGCGUUCCCGGCCGCGGCGCCGGAGAGAUCCAGCAGGCGGCGAAAGGCCGGGACGAGUACGUGGCCACCUUCAAGGGCAACGAGUUCUUCUGCUACGAUUUGUCGCACAACCCCAUCCAGAGCAGCACCGAUGAGUUGACGUUGUCCUUCCGGACGUUGCAGCGGAACGGUCUUCUCCUCCACACGGGGAAGUCGGCCGAUUACGUCAACCUCUCGCUGAAGAGCGGCGCCGUCUGGUUGGUCAUCAACCUGGGCUCGGGCGCCUUCGAGGCGCUGGUGGAGCCCGUCAACGGCAAGUUCAACGACAACGACUGGCACGACAUCCGCGUCACCCGCAACCUGCGACAGCACGCGGGGAUCGGACACGCUAUGGUGACGAUCUCGGUGGACGGGAUCCUGACCACCACGGGCUACACGCAGGAGGAUUACACCAUGUUGGGCUCCGACGACUUCUUCUACGUGGGGGGGUCCCCCAACACCGCCGACCUCCCCGGGUCCCCCGUCAGCAACAACUUCAUGGGCUGCCUCAAGGACGUGGUGUACAAGAACAACGACUUCAAGCUGGAGCUGUCGCGGUUGGCGCAGGAGGGCGACGGGCGGGUGACGCUGCACGGGGCGCUGCUGUUCCGCUGCGAGGCCGUGGCCGCCCUGGACCCCGUCACCCUGGGCACCCCCCAGGCCUUCGUGGCGCUGCCGCCGUGGCGAGCGGCGCGCGCCGGCUCCGUCUCCUUCGACUUCCGCACCACCGAGGCCAACGGGCUGCUGCUGCUCGGGCAGGGCCGCGCCCGCGCCCACGCCGCCCCGCGCCACCACUACUUCGCCCUGGAGCUGCUCGACGGGCACCUCUUCCUCCUGCUCGACAUGGGCGCCGGAGGGCUGCGGCUGCGCGCCAGCGCCCGCAAGGUCACCGACGGCGAGUGGUGCCACGUGGACGUGCAGCGCGACGGGCGCAAGGGCUCGGUGUCGGUGAACAGCCGCAGUACCCCGUUCCUGGCGGCGGGCGAGAGCGAAGUGCUGGACUUGGAUGCGGAGCUGUUUUUGGGGGGUCUCCCCGAGGGCCCCCCAGUGCCCCCCGAGCUGUGGGCGGCGUCGCUGCGCUACGGCUUCGUGGGCUGCGUGCGGGAUGUGUUCGUGGAUGGGCGCAGCCUGGACGUGCGAGCGCUGGCCGAGGCGCAGGGGGCCCCCGGCGUCACCCCCUUCUGCGCCCGAGAACCCCCCCGGCACUGCGCCAGCGGCCCCUGCGAAAACGGGGGGCUCUGCCGCGAGGGAUGGAACCGCUUCGUCUGCGACUGCCUGGGCACCGGCUUCCUGGGGCCUCGCUGCCAGACCGAGGCGGCGGUGCUGAGCUACGACGGCAGCGCGUACCUCAAGAUCCUGGUGCCGGCGGCGCAGACGGAGGCGGAGGACGUGGCGCUGCGGUUCAUGUCCCCCCGCGCCUACGGCCUCGUCCUGGCCACCACCUCGCGCCAAUCGGCCGACACGCUGCGCCUCGAGCUCGACGCCGGACGCAUGAAACUCACCGUCAACCUGGACUGCGUUCGCGUGGGCUGUCACCCCAGCAAGGGCCCGCAGACGCUGUUGGCCGGGCAGCGCCUCGAUGACAACGAGUGGCACUCGGUGCGGGUGGUGCGUCGGGGACGGAGCCUCCAACUCUCCGUCGACAACGUCACCGUGGAAGGGCAGAUGUCGGGCACCCACACUCGCCUGGAGUUCCACAACAUCGAGACGGGCAUCGUGACGGAGCGGCGCUUCUUGGCCGUGGUGCCCUCCAACUUCCUGGGCCACCUGAGUGGGCUCCUCUUCAACGGACUGCCCUACCUGGACCUCUGCAAGAACGGCGACAUCAGCUCCUGCGAGCUCAACGCCCGCUUCGGCCGCCGCCCCAUCGUGGCCGACCCCGUGGCCUUCCGCGGGCGCGGGGCCUUCGUGGCCUUGGCCACCCUCCAGGCCUACGCCUCCAUGCACCUCUUCUUCCAGUUCAAAACCACCGCCCCCGACGGCCUCAUCCUCUUCAACGGCGGCAACGGCAACGACUUCCUCGUCGUCGAGCUCGUUAAGGGGUACAUCCACUACGUCUUCGAUCUGGGUGAGGGUCCGUCGCUCAUGAAGGGGAACUCGGAGGCGCCGCUGCACGACGGCCGUUGGCACGAGGUGGCGGUGGCGCGCGAGGGCGGGAACCUCCACGGGCUGCGCGUGGACGGCCGCUCCGUCACCCAGCACGGCCAGAGCGCCCACAGCCUCGACCUCAAGGGCGAGCUGUUUGUCGGGGGGGCCCCGCCGUCGCUUUUGGGGCGCCUCCCUCGCCUCGUGGCCUCUCGGGGGGGGUUCCAGGGCUGUUUGGCCUCUCUCGACCUCAACGGGCGACUGCCCGACCUUUUGGGGGACGCCGUGAGCCGCGGGGGACACGUCCAGAGGGGCUGCGACGGUCCCGGCACGACGUGCACGGAGGAGUCGUGCGCCAACCACGGCGUCUGCCUGCAGCAGUGGGACGGCUUCGCCUGCGACUGCUCCAUGACCGCCUUCGCCGGCGCCGCCUGCACCGAGCCGGGGACGACGUACAUCUUCGGCAAAGGGGGCGCUCUCAUCACCUACACGUGGCCCCCGAACGACCGCCCGAGCACCCGCGCGGACCGCCUCGCGCUGGGCUUCAGCACGCGCCAGCGCGACGCCGUCCUCCUGCGCGUCGAGAGCGCCGCGGGGCUCGGAGACUUCCUGCAGCUCCACAUCGCGCAGGGGGCGGUGGGAGUGCUGUUCAAUGUGGGCACGGAGGACAUCGCUCUGGAGGAACGCAGCGCUCCGGUGAGCGACGGUCGAUUCCACGUCGUGCGCUUCACCCGCAGCGGCGGCAACGCCAGCUUACAGCUCGACGGGGGCCCCCUGCACGAGCGCUACCCGCCAGGCAGCGGGGACAGCGAGCGGCUGGCUCUGGCGCGGCAGCGCAUCCCCUACCGCCUCGGCAGGGUGGUCGAUGAGUGGCUGCUCGACAAAGGGCGGCAGUUGACCAUCUUCAACAGCCAGGCCUGGGUGCGCGUGGGCGGGCGCGACCGCGGGCGCCCCUUCCAGGGUCAGCUCUCGGGGCUCUACUACAACGGGCUGAAGGUGCUGGCGCUGGCGGCCGAGGGGCACCCCCGCGUGCGCCUCGAGGGGGACCUGCGGCUGGUGGGGGAGCCGCCCCCCCCCCGCGCCGCCCCCCGCGCCACCCCCGCGCCCCCCGACAUGGCCACCACCAUCAUGGAGACCACCACCACCAUGGCCACCACCACCACCCGACGCGGGCGGUCGCCCACCCUGAGGGACACCGUCGCCCAGAACACGGACGAUCUCCUGGUGGCGUCGGCCGAGUGUCCGAGUGACGAUGAGGACCUCGAGGAGUGCGAACCCGGAACAGGCGGCGAGCUGGUGCUGCCGGCGUCGUCCCCGUCGCCCUCCGGGGUGCCCCCCGCGCCCGCCGCCUGCGGCCCCGACUGCGAGGAGCCCUCGGGCUUCGCCUCGGGCGAGGCGGGCGACGCCAACCUCGCGCCCGCCGACGACGAGGACUUCGCGGGCCACGGCGGCGACAUCGCCGCCUCCCGCCACCGCCAUCGCGACAGCGACGACGAGGAGGACGUCGCCACCGCCGACGGCGUCACCCUCGCCGCCGCCGUCACCGUCCCCACCGUGGUGGCCGUGCCGUUGCCCGGUUUGGUGCCGGCGGGCGAGCGGCACCCGCGGGAGGGCUCGGCCGGCAGAGGGAGGGUGACGGCCGCCCCGGUCACGCGCCGCCCCGUUGUCCCCACAGCCGCCGCGCCGGGCGCCGUCGAGGUGGUGCGAGAAGCCGGCGGCACCACCGGGAUGGUGGUGGGCAUCGUGGCGGCCGCCGCGCUCUGCAUCCUCAUCCUCCUCUACGCCAUGUACAAGUACCGCAACCGCGACGAAGGCUCCUACCAGGUGGACCAGAGCCGCCAUUACAUCGGCGCCGCCAACGCCGCCAACAGCGCCGCCGCAAUGGCCGCGGGGGGAACCGCGGCAACCGCCAACGGCGCCUCCGCACUGGGGAACCCCAAGGAAAAAGCGCCUCCCGCGCCCCCAAAAGCGCCCGGAAAGGCGCGGCGCAACAAGGACAAAGAGUAUUACGUCUGACGGGGAAGGGGGGGAAGGACACCCCGAAAAGGCUCCGAAAUGGGGCUUUGCCACCCAAAAAAAGACUGUACCCCCAAAAAAAAUGGGGUGAUCCGCCCAAAACAGGUUCCCCCUCCCCCAAAAAUGGGGUGAUUGGCCCAAAACAGGCUGCCCCCCCAAAAAAAAUGGGGUGCUCGGCCCGAAACAGG